AUGUCAAUAAAUAUCUGCAAAAUGAUACUUUCCAACACUGUCACCAUAGCUCUGCAUGGGACUGCCAAUUUAUUGAUCUGUUGCAAUUUAUAUGGCGAGCUGAAUAUUGGUGAUGAAAAUGUAGUGGUCUAUUAUGUGCUGGAUACGAGCGUAUCCGAGAAAGACACCUUAAUGCCUCAUCGUUAUCUUGGCUCCAUAUUAUGUAGUGAUCUCUUUGAGAACAGCCACUAUUGCCGGCAACAGGACAUGAUUCUAUGCUUCACAUACAGUCAGGAUUCGCCGCAUAUCUCUCUGAAGUUUACCAGCAUAACACCCGAGAUUUUAAGUCACGUUAAGCUCAUACUAUAUGAUAAACAAAUUAUGAGCAGUUUGAUGUUGGAGCCAGACAGAGACAGUUGCCUGGAUCGGGAAUCGUCGAGUCUAUAUGAAGAGGAGUGUGACUUUCAACAGCUGGCACAGCUACUGCAACCGAUUUUAACACAAAAAACAGGAACUAGUUUUGGUUUGACUGUCAGUCGUGCUCUAUAUACGUUUACUCACAUACCCAUGGUAUUGUUUAAACAAAUUGUUAGCUUGAAAUUUGUUAAUAGUAUUCUACGCCACACGGUUGUCUAUAAACACUACCAGGAAUGGGAGCAUAUGCAUGCCAAGCGUUUGACAAAUAUUGUUUUGGAUCGCGCCUUGGGCAUUAUUUUAAUGUUGACAUUAUUUUUAUUUGUCGCACAUCCCGGAGAUUUCUUAAUACAACUCUCACAUAUGGUUAUUAAUGAGCUUUAUACUCUGCUGCGUGUGCUGGAGGGCAGUCCUAUUGGCUUAAAACUCAACAUACAUUUAAACAAUUUCUUUUUGGAUUGCUUCAAGUAUCACAUUGAAUUGUGGUCGACAUUCUUAGAUUUAAUCGAGCCAGCUGUGCGUCAGAUCUUUCUAGCUAUUGCCGCCUUUGGUUGUCUCGGUUUAAGCUUCCAAAUAGCAUUAUUAGCUGAUCUAAUAUCUAUUGUUAGCUUGCAUGCGCAUUGUUUUUAUGUUUAUACCAAAGUCUUAAAGACUGUGGAGGUGAAAGGCUUGAAAGUUCUUUGGCAAGUCGUGCGAGGAAAUCGAUAUAAUAUUUUACGACAUCGCAUUGAGACGCAUAAUUAUAAGAAUCGUCAGCUUUAUCUUGCAACAAUAUUUUUCUCCGCUAUUUUAUUCUUAUUUCCCACCACGCUGGUCUAUUAUAUUGUUUUUGCAUCUUUAAAGGGACUUACCUAUGUUACUCUCAAAAUACUGGAAUUCUUUCGACGCAAGCUUUUAAACAUGCCUAUUGCUAUGGCUUUAAAGCAUAUGAGAAAGGGUUUUUAUGAAAUCGAUUGCCUACGUAUAUUGGAUAUACCAUUAUCAAAGCAGUUAUACUUAACACAUCGCAAUGCCAAAAUAUUAAUCUAUGUGUACAAAAUACAAAUAUAAACAAAAUAUAACAGU